AUGUAUGCGAACGUCCAGAUCCCCUAUAGCCAGGUCCAUGCCCUCGGCAACAUCCUCCUCGCUGCACGAUCAGGCCAACUGCACACCUACAGCCUCACCGAUGGCAAGCUCAUCUCGACAUGGAAGCACCCCGACGUGGAAAAGGUCGCCGAGGCUGUGAAUCGAGUUGCGGAGGAGAGAGAGGUGGCAUUGGCGACUGGAGCUGGUGAGGACGCCUACAUGGCAGACGACGACAAGGACGAGCCACCAGCAAAGCGCCAAAAGAUGCUCAGCGAGGAAGAGUCCAGUGUAUUCAUUACAACAGAUAUGCCACCAGCGGAUGCAGUCGACGGAGAGUCAUCCAGCAAAGGCCAGAAAGGCAAGGGGAAGGAUAAGGCAAGCCGGAGCCGCGUGCGGGUGGAGGGACGCGCAAAAGUGCCGGAUCGGCCAUCGAUUACGCACCUCACGAGCACGCCUGACAAUAAGCAUGUCAUUGCCGUCACUGGUCAUGAUAAGGCUCUUUGGGUGUUUGAGCAUGACGGCCAAGGCAACCUCAAGGAGCUCAGCUCAAGGGUCAUGCCCAAACGGCCAAGCUCCAUUGUCGUCGGACCUGACUCCGCGAUUAUCUGCGCCGACAAGUUUGGCGAUGUGUAUUCUCUGCCUCUUGCCCCUGACCCCAACUGGAAGGCGCCAGUCGUCGCAAAGACGGUCACGGAGACCCCUAUUGAAGCCAACGAGUUCACUGUGCAUUCGAGGAGGAACCGAAGAGCUUUGGAAUCUCAGCAACUACAAGCAAAGAAGAAACCAAACAAUGAGCAGGACAAGGCCACAGACGCUCCCGCAUUCGAGCUCACGUUGCUGCUUGGCCAUGUCUCGCUACUGACGGCCCUUCUCGUAGCUGAGCGCGAGGGCAGAAAGUACAUAAUCACAGCAGACAGGGACGAGCACAUUCGCGUAUCGCGGUACAUCCCCCAAGCUCAUAUCAUUGAAGGGUUUUGCUUGGGACACAAGGAUUUCAUUGGCGAUUUGGUCAUUCCUGAACAGCGGAGUGACAUCCUUAUUUCAGGCGGCGGAGAGAACGAGCUGUUUGUCUGGGACUGGCUGGCAGGGAAUCUGGCCUCCACAGCAAGCGUCCUGAAUUUGGCCCAACAGAUUGACUCGACAAUCACCGAGGUUGCUGUCAGCGGUCUGCAUUCGCUGGUCUAUCCGUCCGAGUCAGGAAAAUUGACCUACGUUCUGGCGAUCUGCGAAGGGAUCAAAGCAAUCUUCUCCUGGCUUUUGACAGACGACAACAGGCUCAACCACCCUGGGGUUAUCCAGCUACCCGGUAACCCUCUCGACCUCGAGAUCUCUCCUGUGGAGGGUGAUCCGCCAAAGAUUGUCGCCGCAAUGGACCCAGGAGCGGCAAACCCUGCAAACUCAAUCAACAUCUUUACACUCAACAUGAACGAGGAGCGGCUAUCGGUGGAUGACAUCAUGACGGUUGAAGAAAACAGCGUGAAGACGUCAGAUAUUGAGGCGACCGAGGAUGUUGUGCGUGGUCUAUUAUACAACGUGGAAUAUCUACGCAAGAAACGAGGCGGCGGCGAGGAUGGGGAAGGCGGUGAUGCUCCUGCGACUGAGUUCUUUGGUAGCUCUCAAAACGACGAGAUACUAUACGUUCAGAGCGACGUCACGGCACUGUCUGAUGAGGCAAACGAAUCUCAAUACGACAGCCAAGAAGAAACAGAGGCCGACGAUAAGGAAGAGGGAGACAUGCUUGACGAGCGCCGUCAUGACCGAGAACUAUCGAGCAAGAUUGACGAUCCAGAAUUUCCGGCCUACAGCGGUAGAACUCAAGAAGACUACGUGACAUACGCGUGCCUGGAAGCGAUGUGGGAGAAUGUGCGUGACUACCUGGGCCGCGAGGAACGCGACACCUUCUUCGCACUUGUUCCCAUGAGCAACAAGUGCAAGACGAAGAGUGUGCUAUACGCUCACCGAAUCCACCGAGCCAUCGUGAUGGACCCCAGCACAUUCAACUGCGCACACUACCUCGUGCUCAAGGUCAUGUUUGGCCUGGAGGCUUGCAUGCGGCAGUCCUGGUGGUCCAUAUUCAAGAAGAAGCAUCCCCAACAAGCAGCGGAAGACGAAGAAGCGGCGGCCGAAAAGAAGGAGGCGGAGAGGAUGGCCUCUCGGACGCGCAGCUCAGCUGCCAGGGCAGCAUCUACCCUCAGGACACCAAGGUCCAUGUCGAAACAACACCUCACGAGCAAGAUUAUUCAAGGCACUGGAAGCCCAAUCCAACGCUCCAGUCAGUCUCGGCCCAUCAGUCGGGGACUUUCGCUCGACGUCUUCGCGGCCAACCGCUACACCUCACUCACGCCCUCUUUCUCCGCGCGCAGGGGUAGCCACGCGCCUGCUAGGGUCAACCGUCUCCUCAACUUUCGACAGCAGGAGACAAAACCGCCAACACAGACAAACACGACUGACGUGGCCGAGUUGCAGGCUCGGGUCUCGCAGCUGGAGCUGGAGAAUGCGCAGAGCGUCGCUAGAGUGCGCGAAUUGGAAGAGGCCCUGGAUUCUUUUAGGUUGUUUGCCGCUGAGCUCAGCACACUCUUGGACACAACUCCAGAGCAGCAAGACUGA